UCCUCGCGCAUACAUGACAGUUUGGAUGUGCUCGUUCGGCGAGGAGCUUUCCGCAGAAAGACAAGGCGAAUUUGGUUUAGGGGCUCCUUUUUGUUUGUUUAUCGUAAACAUAUAUUUGUAUGGUUAGCAUUUUGAUUACUGUAGUGCAGUCAUUAAGUUCACACGGACAAUGACCAUAACCUGCUUGAAUUGUGGUGUGAGUGAAGCUUUGUUGGUGAAGGAGAAGCAAGGGGAAAGAGAGAGAAUGUGAAAAGGAUGGGACAGAGGGUGUGGAUCUGUUGCCUGGGUGUCUCCACAGCUGUGCUGUAUGGCUCCCUUUCCCUUUUUGUCUCCAUCCUCCAUAAUGUCUUCCUGCUUUAUUAUGUGGACACUUUUGUGUCUGUCUACAAGAUCGACAAACUUUCUUUCUGGGUUGGUGAGACAGUGUUUCUGAUAUGGAAUAGCCUAAAUGACCCUCUUUUUGGCUGGCUCAGUGACCGCUCCUUCCUUAGUUCUAACCAGUCCGGUGGUCAGAUCUCCUCGCCAGAGGUAGUGCUGAAGCGGCUGCAUUCACUCUCCAGGAAUGGGCCGCUGUUUGCUCUUUCCUUUCUGGUUUUCUGGGUGGCCUGGGCCCACCCUGGUCUGCAGUUUCUCUUCUGCCUGUGCCUUUAUGAUGGUUUUCUCACACUGGUGGACCUCAACCACAAUGCCCUGCUGGCUGACCUGGCCGUGUCAGCAAAUGACCGUACACGCCUGAACUUCCACAGCUCCCUGUUCAGUGCACUGGGCUCACUCUCUGUCUUCCUCUCCUACUCCUUCUGGGACAAGGAAGAUUUUAUGUCCUUCAGGCUCUUCUGUGUAACACUGGCUGCCAUGUCAAUGUUGGGCUUUGCUGUGGUAUCUCGUCUUCUGCGUCACAGGUUCCAGAAUGAAGUACGAUCACAAAAGGAUGAAGGGGAAUUGCUCAAAGAAUUGACUGUUGGUCAUGUGGCCCUGGCUGCUGCUGCGAAGCCCAUCUCUCUUGGGGAGUAUUUGAAGCAGCUCUCGCGCCACAGCAACUUUAUGUGGUUUGUUUCAAUGAAUCUUAUACAGGUGUUUCACUGCCACUUUAACAGCAAUUUCUUCCCUCUAUUUCUGGAGCACCUCUUAUCAGACCAGAUCUCUGCCUCCACUGGCUCUUUUUUGCUGGGGAUAUCUUACAUAGCUCCACAUCUCAACAACCUUUACUUUCUGACGUUGUGCCGAAGAAUAGGUGUCUACCAAGUUAUUCGUUGGCUUUUUCUGUUGAAGCUUGGCCUUAGUAUGGCAAUGUUAUUAGCAGGAGCAGACCACAUCUACCUGCUCUGCCUAUUUAUUGCCAGUAAUCGAGUGUUUACAGAGGGGACCUGUAAGCUGUUGAACUUGGUAAUCACAGACCUGGUUGAUGAGGACUUUGUGUUGAACCGGCGACAACAUGCAGCCUCUGCACUGCUGUUUGGUAUGGUUGCUCUGGUAACAAAGCCCGGCCAGACCUUUGCACCCCUAAUUGGCACCUGGCUGCUGUGUGUAUACACCGGCUACGACAUCUUUGAGAGGGAUCCACUCAAGGACUCUGUGGCAGCUGUAGUUGUGCCAGGUGCAGAGAGCUCUGUUCCACUGCGGCAGGGCUGCUUUUAUCUUCUAGUGUUUGUGCCAAUCACCUGUGCCCUGCUGCAACUUCUGGCAUGGUCUCACUUCACCCUCCAUGGUCGCAGAUUACAGGGCAUCAAGGCCCUGAGAGAGGGUGCCCAACAUGGUCAUUGCAGUGAUGUGAAGGCCAUCUGAUACAUUUCUCACUGCCUCAGACUCACUUAAGAUGGAAUCUGGUGUCACAUUUCAUUAUAAAACGACUAAGUGACAAUGAGAUUUUAAUGAAAUCUGCCUUAUUUUCUUACAAAAUGAAGUUAUCUGCAUGUCUGUAUUUAUUACCUCUGUGAACUAGGGACCAAAUAUGAACAGUUAAAACAACCAUGGGAGCAUAUGGAAGAGUACCAUCUCUUUCCCCUUAAGCUGCACAGAAAAAACAAGAAUUGGGUAGUACAGCCCCUACAUUGAACAGAACAUUGAGUGUCCAUGCCAGUGACUUUUACUGUAAGAUCAUGGGCUGUUUGGCUCUUCAUUGUGUAUUUUUACAAUGUGACAGGACACUUACCGUAAAGGGCAUAAAUUAGGCUGUGCUUGGUUGCAAUCCAGAUCCAGUUGAUAUAAACUGCAUGGGUCUUUGUGGAGUUUCCUUUACCAUGAAGGAGUCACUGUAUGUUGUGCUCAUAGUUUAAUCAGGUUUCAGUUUAAUCAUUCCUGGUGACUUUAGUGGUACUGUAAGUUUAGAAAACUUGCUCUCCAUAUGUUGCAUAAAAAGUUAUAUAUAUUUUUAUACUAAAUAUUUCACAUGAACUAAUGUUGGAGCACGGUAACAAUGAAAACUCAGAUGAUUUAUCAAAGAAUUAUAUUCUGUUAGUUAUUCAAAUAGAUAAAAUCUCUGAAGAUGGAAGUACUUUUGUGUAAAGGAAAAUUCAUACACUUUAAGGCAUUAACUCAUUUAUACAUCUUGUAUUUGUGAUUUCUACAUGGGGGGGGGGGGGGGUACUUUACAAUCUUGAAUAUUUCGUUGUUUUCCAGUAACUGAUGUUUACCUUUUUGUUGCAAGUUAUAGGCCUGCAGUUAUUAUUUAUGUUUCAGUUAAAGGGUUAUGUGACUCAGGAACUGACAUUUAUAAAUUUUACGUUUCAUUUAGUAAUAUGCCAUGAAUUCAUACUUUGUUCAAAAUGUGUUUUGUAACAAAUAAAGAUACAGAUGUUGCUUCAUUGA